AUGUCCCCCAACUUUUCACCCCAUCUCACAUGCACCCUCUUGGCUUCCUCCUUCAUACUAAUAAUAUCAUCAACAACAACAAUGGGUUAUCCAAAUUUUUUUCCAUCUCCCAACUUCUUCAACAAUCCUUCGCCUCCCGAUUAUUCUGAUACCAAUCCAUCCUCUCCUUACUAUAGCGAUCCUUCUUCUCCCAAUUCGAAUCCCAAUCCAUCAUCUCCUUAUUACAACAACAAUCCAACCUCUCCAUAUUACGGCUAUCCUUCUCCUCCUGAUUCUAGCACCUAUAAUCCCCCUUCACCUUCUAACUACGAUACUCCACCUUCUUCUCCUCCUCCUGAUUCUGGCAGCUAUAAUCCCCCUUCGGCCCCCUCAGGAAGUGCCGGAUCCUCGUCAGCGCAGGAAUUCCUAGACGCACACAACAAGAUUCGCUCGGGUCUCGGUUUGGGGUCCCUCACUUGGGACGACGAACUUGCUUCGUACGCGUCUGCUUAUGCGGCCAAGCGCGUGAGCGCAGGCUGCGGGUUGGUGCACUCUGGAGGGCGCUAUGGGGAGAAUCUGGCAGAGGGCACGGACCUCACGGCCUCGCAGGCCGUCCAAAUGUGGGUGGACGAGAAACAGUACUACAACUACGACGACAACAGUUGCAGUCAAGUGUGCGGCCACUACACGCAGGUCGUGUGGAAGGCUACUACUCAUUUGGGGUGCGCCGCGACCAAGUGUAGCGACGGGAGCAAUGUGUUUGUGAUAUGUAGCUACGAUCCACCCGGGAAUUACGUUGGCCAACGGCCUUAUUAG